AUGUUGGUUUUCUGUCAACAGGUGAAGAUCCAGAAGCUGUAUGAGAAGAAUCUACAUGGAGGCUUUGACACAAACAACCACAUUCAGAGGAAAAAAGAGUUCAGGAAUCCCAGGUACACUCACACACACACACACACACACAGAUUCCUAGAGUUAUGAUCAUGUCGACAAUACGCUUGUUGCUUUUCCAGAUACAUUUGUUGACAUGUCUGUGUGUGUCUAUCCAGUAUCUAUGAGAAACUCAUCCAGUUCUGUGGCAUUGAUGAACUGGGAACCAACUACCCUAAAGACAUGUUUGAUCCCCACGGCUGGACAGAGGACUCCUACUAUGACGCACUGGGUAAGGAAAUCAUUGGUGUGUUUGUGGCUGUAUGUCCUAUCAACUCAACAGUUUUCUUUCCCUCCCUGCAGCCAAAGCUCAGAAAGCAGAGAUGGAGAAACUGGAGAAAGCCAAGAAGGACAGGACGAAGGUGAGGGACACGGGCGUUUUAUUUGACUUGAAGAGGGCACCUGAGGUAACCUGAAUUACAAUACACCUGUUUUCAACCCCCCUCACAAAACUAACACAUGCCUUCCUCUAAUGCAAUGCUCAAUCUCUGUUAAAUAUAACCCGUACAGAGAAAAUAGCUUUGCCAACUCUGUACUCUCAUUUCCUGCUCUCCUGUUUCACCAAUCACAAACAGGGCUGUUCUGUAAUCAGUCUAUGUCAGGGGCAUGUUGCCACAAACUGCCUGUACUUUAUGUUCAAGUGUCCUGCCAAGAGAUUAAGUCUCAUCGCAACACCACGUCAACACCGCCCAGCCCAGCUCAGCCCUCUGCAGUACAAGUGUGAUAAAGUGUUUUGUCUUCUCUGUCCUAGAUUGAGUUUGUGACGGCCACUAAGAAGGGCAGCAACCCCACCAACGCAGCAGUUCCCACAACCAAUACUGCUGCUGCUACUACAGUCACAGGUACAGGUACAGGUAUCACCAGCAACACCACCACUACUGUCACUGGCAGAGAGACAAGCCCCACCCCCCCACUAUAGAAACAAAGACAAGCCCCCCCACUAUAGAAACAGAGACAAGCCCAGAGAAGCCCCCCGCUAUAGAAACAGAGAGAAGCCCCCCGCUAUAGAAACAGAGAGAAGCCCCCCACUGUAGAAACAGAGAGAAGCCCCCCCGCUAUAGAAACAGAGAGAAGCCCCCCCACUGUAGAAACAGAGAGAAGCCCCCCGCUAUAGAAACAGAGAGAAGCCCCCCACUGUAGAAACAGAGAGAAGCCCCCCACUGUAGAAACAGAGAGAAGCCCCCCCCACUGUAGAAACAGAGAGAAACCCCCCCGCUAUAGAAACAGAGAGAAACCCCCCGCUAUAGAAACAUGACCUUCCUGAAAGAAAGAUUCAGAUUAUAUCUGGUUCCCUUUUCUCUCCCAUUCACUAUUGUAGCCGAGCAAACAGGUAGCGUGAGCGCGCCCCCCAAGGUAGGCUCUCUCACAGAGAGCCUCGCGAGCACCGAGAGCGCGACAAAGCGAUCAGCACCCAGGGUGUAGUAGAGCUCCCAUAGCGCGAGAGCUAUCCCAAGGGGGGACGCUAUCGCCCCUUUCUGUCGCGCUACUCUCUCUCCCUCUCUUCUCCCUCAUGCUUCAUUCUCCCCUCAUCUCUCUCUACCCCAUUCCUCUCUCUCACCCUCUCACUCCCCUCCACCUUCUCCUCUCCCACAUCUCUCUCUCUCUCCUCUCUCUCUCUCUCUCUCCCAUCUUCUCUCUCCCCCUCUCUCUCUCCCGUCCUCUGUCGCUCUUCCCCGUCCUCGCUCUCUCUCCGUCCUGUCUCUCUCUCCUGUCCUUUCUCUCUCUCGCUCUCCUCCCCCCACCAGAAGCUCAGAAGAGGAAGAGUAAGUGGGACUCUGCGGUGCCGGUGACCCUGGCCCAGCCCACCCUGCUCACUACCACGGCAACCCUGCCAGGGGUCGUCUCCGUGACGACCACCGCCAGCGGAACCAAGACCACCGUAAUCUCUGCCGUGGGCACCAUCCUGAAGAAAGCCAAGCAGUGA